UCUCUCUCUCUUCAAUAAACCCCACCUCACGAAAAGAGAGAGAGAGAGAGAGAGAGAGAAAGAGAAAGAGAAAGAGAGAGAGAGUCGUGGAGGAGGAGGAGAAGGGAGCGCCAUGGAUCGGAGCCGAGGAUCCGUGAUCUUGUUGGGGAUUUUGAUCGCAGGAUCUUUGUUUGCAUUUUCAAUUGCAAAAGAGGAGGCCACCAAGCUUGGUACUGUGAUUGGUAUAGAUCUCGGCACCACCUAUUCAUGCGUUGGUGUCUACAAGAAUGGUCAUGUGGAGAUUAUAGCUAAUGACCAAGGAAACCGCAUCACCCCAUCGUGGGUGGCGUUCACGGAUAGUGAGAGGUUGAUUGGUGAGGCUGCGAAGAACCAGGCAGCUGUAAAUGCCGAGAGAACUAUUUUUGAUGUCAAGCGUCUCAUCGGAAGAAAGUUUGAAGACAAGGAGGUUCAAAAGGACAUAAAACUUUUUCCGUACAAGAUUGUCAACAAGGAUGGCAAGCCUUAUAUCCAAGUGAAGAUUAAGGAUGGAGAAGUCAAGGUUUUUAGUCCGGAGGAAAUCAGUGCAAUGAUCCUCACCAAAAUGAAGGAGACAGCUGAGGCAUUCCUCGGAAAGAAGAUCAAAGAUGCUGUAGUUACUGUUCCCGCGUACUUCAAUGAUGCUCAGAGACAGGCGACAAAGGAUGCCGGUAUUAUUGCUGGUUUGAAUGUUGCUAGAAUAAUCAAUGAACCGACUGCUGCUGCGAUCGCUUAUGGUCUGGAUAAGAAGGGUGGUGAGAAGAACAUCCUUGUUUUCGACCUUGGUGGUGGGACAUUUGAUGUCAGUAUCUUGACUAUCGACAAUGGCGUCUUUGAGGUUUUGGCGACAAAUGGUGAUACUCAUCUUGGAGGUGAGGACUUUGAUCAGAGGAUCAUGGAGUACUUCAUCAAAUUGAUCAAGAAGAAGCACGGGAAGGACAUCAGCAAGGACAACCGAGCCCUUGGGAAGUUGAGGAGGGAGUGUGAGCGUGCCAAACGAGCCUUGAGCAACCAACACCAAGUCCGUGUGGAGAUUGAGUCUCUCUAUGAAGGGUUGGAUUUCUCCGAGCCGCUAACGAGGGCUCGGUUCGAGGAGUUGAACAACGACUUGUUCCGCAAGACCAUGGGGCCUGUCAAGAAGGCCAUGGAUGAUGCCGGCUUGGAGAAGCAUCAAAUUGACGAGAUUGUUCUCGUGGGUGGUAGUACCAGAAUUCCCAAGGUUCAGCAGCUGCUGAAGGACUAUUUUGACGGGAAGGAGCCGAACAAGGGAGUGAACCCUGAUGAAGCCGUGGCUUAUGGUGCGGCUGUUCAGGGAAGCAUUCUAAGUGGAGAGGGUGGUGAAGAAACUAAAGAUAUUCUUCUCUUGGAUGUUGCUCCGCUGACUCUUGGAAUUGAGACUGUUGGUGGAGUAAUGACUAAGUUGAUCCCGAGGAACACCGUCAUUCCCACCAAGAAAUCCCAGGUUUUCACCACUUACCAGGAUCAGCAGACGACCGUCUCUAUUCAGGUCUUUGAGGGCGAAAGGAGUCUGACAAAGGACUGCAGGCUUCUUGGGAAAUUCGAUCUUUCCGGAAUCCCACCUGCUCCCAGGGGCACGCCUCAAAUCGAGGUCACCUUUGAGGUCGACGCGAAUGGCAUCCUCAACGUGAAGGCCGAGGACAAGGGCACGGGCAAGUCGGAGAAGAUCACGAUCACGAACGAGAAGGGCCGUCUGAGCCAGGAGGAGAUCGACCGGAUGGUCAGGGAGGCCGAGGAGUUUGCCGAGGAGGACAAGAAGAUCAAGGAGAAGAUCGACGCCCGGAACCAGCUCGAGACGUACGUGUACAACAUGAAGAACACCGUGAACGACAAGGACAAGCUCGCCGACAAGCUCGAGAGCGAGGAGAAGGAGAAGGUCGAGGAGGCGCUUAAGGAGGCCCUAGAGUGGCUCGACGAUAACCAAAACGCCGAGAAGGAAGAUUACGAAGAGAAGCUCAAGGAGGUGGAGGCCGUGUGCAAUCCGAUCAUCUCGGCCGUCUAUCAAAGAUCGGGCGGCGCACCCGGCGCCAGCUCGGAAGGCGGCGACGACGACGAGCAUGAUGAGUUGUAGAUCGAAUCGAAAGAGUCGGAAUCACUUGAAGGAAGAGAAAUUAGUUCUAGUAGUAGUGGGAUCAAGGAGAGGGGAAAGCCCUCAUGGUAUUUAGUUUGGGCUUUUUCGUUUUGAGGCUGGGGAUUGAACCAUCUGGUUGAUGGACUCCUCCAUCAAUUUCCUUUUUUUAAGUAUUUAAACUUUUUUUUUUGACAUUAUACUAAAACUAAUCACUGUGAAAACUUUCAUUUCUCUUUUAUGUUAUGAUGUUUCCUUAACUGUCCAAAAUUUGUGGGAA